UGGUGGUGUGCACCAGAGGAGUCGUAAGUAAAUGACAUCCCAAUAAACGCCAUUGAAAAUCUUUCAUUUGAACUACACCUACAGACCGACCGUAUCACUCCAAGGCAGUGAUAGUGCAAGCUCUAGCAUAGCAACAUCGAUAUCACGACAGGCACCAUGGCCACCCCUCGCUUCAACUCUGCAUCCCCAGCACCCUCUCCCUUGCCUUCUCUUGCAAAGAUGGCGUUUUGCAUGCGUGCUGCACUUCUGCUUGGGCACUUUGGUCUGGGUCCGCGGAUAGGCGAUCGGGUCUUUGGCGUGUACGAGCCUAGGGUAUUGGGUAGUAUUUGACGCGUUUGGAAUUGCAGUACGAUCUGCCCUAUGCCGGAUAUAUGCGUGCCCGUCUACCAACACUUCCUACGCCAAUGACAUCGUACUCUAAACUUCGAUAUCCGCUUGGCCUGGUUAUACUCACCCUCUGCUCGCUCUUCGCAACUUCUGUUGUGUUCGAGCAACAUGACGUGUUAGUUAGAGCGCACGCCACACCCCUUCGAUCUCUCGCUAGCAACCCUCCAAGUCAUUAUCACCACACACGUCGCAUCUACAGCGUCUAUCGUCCUAGGCGGCGUGCUGGCACGAAAAGCACAAACGGACUAGAAGCAGAAAUGGAAGCCUUCUGGCGCGUCGUUCGCAAGAUCGAGAGACACGAACACGUCACGAGUCUUCCUGCUCUGCAUGUGUGGCAGGGGAUGGACGCAUCCAAAUCGCCCCAGCUGAUAAUAACGCUCUCACCACAUGUUCCGCCUUCGUUACGCGAUGAGGAGGUGUUGAAGUUCGCGCGGUGGGCGUGUGAGCGGGUUAGGGGGAGCGUUUGUGGGCGAUGGAAUGAGGGCGCUUGGGCUUGGGUAUGGGGUGGAGGUGGAGGUGCUGGAUGUACUUAG